AUGUAGACAUAGCCUUAACCAAUUGGAGUAAUCACGUAUUAUUCUGAUCAAUAUGAACCACAAUGCCCAUAUUGUUAAUCAGGAGAACAUUCCAUUUAAUCUGAUGCUUGCACGUUUUAAUAAACUCAUCAUAUCAAUGAGUAAGCAGUAAGGGGAAGAGGUAUCAAUUGAAGAUAACUUAGUUGUGUACGUAUCACCUGAGAGGAUAGUUUCAAGAAAAAUCAUAGAAACAACUACUAUAUCUCCUUCCAUGUCAUAAUUGGUGACUCCAUCAAUAAUUUCAACAGCUACACCAAAAUUAAUAACAUCCUAAAAUCCACUGACCCAAGUUUCCCCAGUUCUGAAUUAAAAGUAGUUUAUCUCUAAGCAAUAAUCUCCAAUUCUUGUACAUCAAUAAUAUGUGAUUCCACAACAAUCUUUCAUUUAGCAACAAAUUCCUAUUGUCUAGCAAUCUUCCUAUGACUUGAACAUGAGUAGGGAGCUGUAGUAAUCUUAGCUAAUUUAAUAAGAUUUACAAUUAAAGGAAAAAGAGUUAGCAGAAAAAUUACAAAAUUAAACUGAAGAAAUUCAGUAAUCUAAUUUGGCUUAUAAUCAAUUACAAUAGGCUCUAUAUGAGAAAAAGGACGAGUAUGAAUAACUAAAAAAGGCCUAUGCAUAUUAAACAUAAUAUUCUCCAAAUUCAUUGAUUCCUAAAUCUUUACAAGAGAUAUACAAUAAGUCAUAGGUAAAGGAGAAGAAACCAGUUUUAUCAUAGGAGGAAUUAGAAUUAUAUUGGAAACAUAGAGUAUAUGAAUUGGAAGAAUAUUUAUAUGAAUUAUGGGGUAAGAUAGCCUAAAUGCAGCAGUAAAAAGUAGAAUAAAAAAAGGAUGAUAGCAUUAAAGUAUAAAUAUAAUUUACUAAUAUUUGAGAUAGAAUUAUUGUAGAGAGAAGUUUGUUAAUUAGAACAUAUUGUAAGACUAAAAUCAAAUUCAGUUGUGAUUUUAAAAAAUAAGUUGAAUAAUCUAAUGUAUCAGUAUGAUCCAGCUACUGAGGUUACAAAAUAAUAGGAUUAACAACUUUAAUCUGUAAGACAAUAAGUCAUGAAUUUAAAUUCGAAGUAUUAACAAAUACAAGAGGAGAUUCAAGAUUUGGAGGCCUAAAAUUAGAAGAGCAAAGUGGGGAUUAACGAUAACGAUGCUAUUCCAAUUAACUAGGAUUCUUUUUAGUAUUGAAUGAUUUUUU